UUCCCCUCCGCCGCAACGCCUGCGGGCGAGGUGACUCCGGGCAGGACCUGCUGGCCGGGCUAUGCAGGGCGCGCGCGCGGGAACCGCCAGGGCGCGCGCGCCGCAGGCGCGCCGCAGGCGCGCCGUGGGGCGGGCCGCAGGCGGAGGCGCGCCGCUCGGCGCGGCGCGCGGUCGUCCGCAUGGGGUCACUGCAACGCGCCGCCUCGGCGCAGCAUCCCCGGCUUGGGGGCGGCGGCCGCCCCUGGCGGCGGGGGCGUGCGCGCGCCGUCGCCCGUCGCCAUCCAGCUCUCCAGCAGCUUGCGCUGCUUCUGGCCGCGGAAGACCUCGCAGGUGCCGCGCCCG